CGAGCUCCGCGGCUGAAGUGGAGCGGGUCGACGCCGGCCUGGCUGCGGCGCCGAUUUUACCUCUCUGCGCGCUCUCCUGAGGUCCCUGAGGAAAAACAGUCCUUUCUCUCUAAGAUACAGUCUUUUAAUACAAGAUUCAUGCUUACGGAGUAAAAAUGGCAGGCUUCCUAGAUAAUUUCCGUUGGCCAGAGUGUGAAUGUAUUGAUUGGAGUGAGAGAAGAAAUGCUGUGGCUUCUGUGGUCGCAGGCAUAUUGUUUUUUACAGGUUGGUGGAUCAUGAUUGAUGCAGCAGUGGUAUAUCCACAAGACUUAAACCAUGCUUUUCACACGUGUGGUGUAUUUUCCACAUUGGCUUUCUUUAUGAUAAAUGCUGUGUCCAAUGCUCAGGUGAGAGGUGACAGCUAUGAAAGCGGCUGUUUAGGAAGAACAGGUGCUCGAGUUUGGCUCUUCAUUGGUUUCAUGUUGAUGUUUGGGUCGCUUAUUGCUUCCAUGUGGAUUCUUUUUGGUGCAUAUGUUACCCAGAACAUUGAUGUUUAUCCUGGACUGGCUGUGUUUUUUCAAAAUGCUCUCAUAUUUUUUAGUACUCUCAUCUAUAAGUUUGGAAGAACGGAAGAGCUCUGGACCUGAGAUCACUGCUUGAAUCACAUUUUCCUUUUGUUAGAUUACAUUUGUAGCUAUGUUUUUAUCUCUCAGUAUAAUUUACACAUUGCCAAAUGAAAUUGUACAUGAAAUGUUUUUGUUUCUUUGCACUUUUAUGCCCCAAGUUUUGAAAUCAUUUUAUGAAAUUCAUCUUUUUCAUGACCAGACUGUUAAUGUGUACAUAAUAGAUGAUAUACAGACUGGAAGAUGAGUAUCAGAUUUUAUUCUUGAGACUUAAAGCUUGAUGGUCUGUUCCCAGAGCCAGGGUCAUGUCAUUGUGCUGUUUCAGAGGUAAAGUCUCCAUAUUUCUAAUGUCUAAAGAUGUACGAGAAAUAGAAUGCCCUAUAACUAGAAUAAGCACUGAGUUACUAAAGUAUUUCUGCAAGUUGUAGUGUAUUUUGGCUUAAAAAUUAGAUUUUUUUUUAAAGGGAAAAAUGUAUGUAUUAAGGAAUGGACUUUUUAUGUAGAUUUUUUUAAAUGCCCAAAGGACUAGUUUGAGAGCCUCUUUUUAAAAAGAAUUCCUCUAAUCUUCCUUUAUUUGAGAAAGGAUAAUGCAUAAUAAACUUUUUUAUGGUUGAUGUACAAGGACUGGGCUUUCCAAAACAGCAAUUUUACCUUGUCCCAGAGUGUAAUGACAGCCUGGCAUUAGCUGACAUUACACAGGGUUGGUUGGUUGGUUCUGUUUCUGUGCUAGUCCUGGAGUUUGAACUCAGGGCCUAGGCACUGUCUUUGAGCU